AGGGACCAGAGCUUCUUUACUUGCAUCUCAUCGGCAUUCAUUCGCUUGCUUGCUUUGUGGGCUCUUCCGCGCCGCGCUCCUACCACGCUUCCGCCUCGUUCUCCUCAGCGACUCUCCUCCGGCGCGAUGAUGAACGGUUUCCGCGACAGCAGGAUCGAUGAGGGCACCUUCCUCUUCACCUCAGAGUCGGUGGGGGAGGGGCACCCAGAUAAGAUCUGUGAUCAAAUUAGUGAUGCUGUCCUUGAUGCACAUCUUAAACAAGAUCCAGAUGCCAAAGUAGCAUGUGAAACUGCUGCAAAGACGGGAAUGAUCCUUCUGGCUGGGGAGAUCACAUCUAGAGCUGCGGUUGACUAUCAGAAAAUUGUUCGUGAAACAAUAAAGCACAUUGGCUAUGAUGAUUCCUCAAAAGGUUUUGACUAUAAGACAUGCAAUGUAUUGGUUGCCCUGGAGCAGCAGUCCCCUGACAUUGCUCAGGGAGUUCAUCUUGACAGAAAGGAAGAAGACAUCGGUGCUGGGGAUCAGGGCUUGAUGUUUGGCUAUGCUACGGAUGAGACGGAAGAAUGCAUGCCUCUGACUCUUCUCCUUGCACACCAGCUGAACGCCAAACUGGCAGAGCUUCGUCGUAACCAUACCUUGCCCUGGCUACGAGCAGAUUCUAAAACUCAGGUGACUGUGCAGUACAGACAAGACCGUGGUGCAGUCAUCCCUAUUAGAGUCCAUACAAUUGUUAUUUCUGUUCAACAUGAUGAUAAAAUUGGACUGGAUGAGAUGAGAGAUGCCCUGAAAGAGAAAGUGGUCAGAACUGUUGUACCUGCAAAAUACCUGGAUGAUGAUACUGUCUACCACCUGCAGCCUAGUGGCCGUUUUGUAAUUGGGGGCCCCCAGGGAGAUGCUGGCUUGACUGGCCGGAAGAUCAUUGUUGAUACCUAUGGUGGCUGGGGAGCUCAUGGAGGUGGUGCUUUCUCUGGUAAAGACUACACAAAAGUUGACCGUUCAGCAUCUUACGCUGCUCGCUGGGUUGCAAAAUCCCUUGUGAAGUCUGGUCUCUGUCGGAGAGUGCUCGUACAGGUCUCCUAUGCCAUUGGAGUGGCCCACCCACUGUCAGUAUCCAUUUUUCAUUACGGCACCUCCCAAAAGACUGAGCACGAGCUGCUAGACAUUGUGAAGAAGAACUUUGACCUCCGCCCAGGGGUUAUUGUCAGGUAAAACAUGGUGGUGCAUGCACAUAAUAUUAAGGCAGAUAAAAAAGAGGUAAUAAGGAUGGGUCUAGGCAUAAACAUGGCAUUACCUAAAUGUACAAGGUGUUGCACAAUCUCCGACCAUAGACGCUUGCCAAAACGCCUAGUCUCCUGGGGAGUGGCAGAGACAGUUCCCCAUUACCGCUGUAGAGGAGCUUUGGGGUGGUUCAUUUUUCUAGAGAUAAAACAAAGUAGUGCUUGCUCUUUAAUAUGUAGUGGUUAAAGCAGAACGGUGUGCUAGUCUGUGCCUCUCUGUCACUGUAUAGUAAGGCAAAUUACAGUUUAUGAUGUGACAUACCAAGGGAAGGCACAGAAAAUGAAAAGUAUCUUAGAAGAGCACAUUUUGGGGCAAAGGUGGCCGAUAACAAAGGAGCUUUUUGCUGUCUGGCUAUGAUCCCCAGCCAGUUUGGGGAGUUUGGAGUUGCACCAUUGGCAUACAUACCCAAGAUUGAAAAGCUAUUCUCUUUUAAUGCAGCAAGUGGUAUAUAGAUACAGUAAUACUAAAUCCACCCUUGCAAAAUGGCACAGCCCUUGUGGCUCUUGCACUGAUUUGGAUACCCCAAAGUGUGGAUAGUGCAGGGAUAUGAGGAUUUCUGUGAGUUAUUACAAGACUCAUCUUGGGCACUUCAGUCAUGUGCUUUUGAGUAUAUGGGUCUUCUGAGUGGUGCUGCUGCCUACAUUGACUAACUGCUUCUAAAAGCUCCAAGCUGGAAGUAGACAGGUUUGGUUGUAAUAUGAGCUGAUUAUUCAGAUAGGGAGUACCAUUCCCAGUGGAGAAACUUGUGGUGAUCUACAGUUGGAUGUAGCCACUCAUAAUGGAGGGUAAGUAUUAUGUAAUGUCAGUUGAGCCCAGGGGCUUAGUUUCCUUGGGAUGUAUUUGCAUUGGCACCCAGAAUUGGGAGCAAAUGGGUCCCGUCUACUUCCUGUGUACAAAGUAGCCAUUGGUCCAUGUCUUGGUACUACAGCAUUGAACAUCAAGUGGCCCCUUCAGUGUAGCUGGUUUUUGCUUUGCUUGAUAAAUGCCUUGUAUUGAGUUACGGACUUGUAUAUUCCAGGGAUCUGGAUCUGAAGAGGCCUAUUUAUCAGAAGACUGCUGCCUAUGGCCACUUUGGUAGGGACAACUUCCCAUGGGAAGUGCCCAAAAAGCUUAAAUACUGAACAUGUUGGGCUUCUUUCCCCAGACCUGUUGGUGUACAUUACAGAGAAACCUCCAGGCUUUUCUGUGGGAAAGAGCCCCAUUCCCUAAACUGGUCCUGUCCUCUGCUCUUAAUUUGGCACAUUCUGUCCAUUGCCAUGAAUAUUAGUCCUCUGGGGACCGCAAUUGCACUGUGCUUUCUCCUCUUCCUGGUGUGCUUGACGUAUGUGUAGAGCCAGUUGAGCAUAGGCGCUAUAUGUAAAACAGAGAAGAACAGGCUGUAGUCAAAACAGUGCUUCAGUCUAAUCCUUUGUAUUGCCCAAAGGCUAACGAGAAUUUCCUUUCAACAAUGAGCAAGAUGCCUCCCUCCUAAUGUGCACUGCGUGGUUUCACAUAGUCUCUGUCCAAAUAUCUAGAGCAGGAUGGUGCAAUGACUUGGGCUCUCCCCCCUCCCCAACUGAUAUCUUGUGAGUGAGAUGGCCCUGCAUGCUCCGCAAGUUCCAUUUUGGAACUCGUGGUUUUUUAAUUAAGGCAAUUUUGGUCCCACAACUCAUGGUAUUAUUCUCUUAAAAUCAGUCAGCACCAUACUUUAAUCAUUUUCUGCUCUUAUCUUCUUGGGAUGUACGUAAUAAAGGUGGUUUUUUUAUUUAAAAAAAUCCUAUGCACAGUUUUAGCACUAGCCAAACCUCACCAUCUUUUAUUAAGUGGGCCCUUGGCCAGCCUUGUGAUGUACUGCAGAGAAGUCACAGGGUUGUACCUGAGGUCUGUAGGCUGCAUACUUUUGGCACCUGGAAUUUUUUUCUUUAGAAGAGCCAGGAAUUUCAUGUUGCACAAAACUCCCAGGGGUUUAUUUUCCAAGUCAGGUCCAAACUGCAUUCUGAAGUACUGGCGUAGCUACAGAGAAGCCAGUUCCCUUCAGAGUGUGAGUGCAUUUGGAAAGGACGUGGGGGGAAACCCUACAUACUUGAAAUUUUUUUAUACUUGCUUAUUUAUUGUGUUUGGGACAGGGUGUGAGUACAGAGAAGCCCUGGUCUCAAAUGGCAGCUUUUUAACUUUAUUUUGACACCAUAAAUUCCUUGACAGUACCCAGCAUUCCCUGAUAGGCCAAGGUGUCCUACAGAAAAGCCUUGGGUCACAACCUGCAGGGGGUCUGGCUUGUGUAAAACAGGGGAGGGCAGUGCUCAGGAUAACUGGCCUUGGGAGAGGCUGACUUGGCUGGUGUUGUACAGAGAAACCAGCUUGUUUACCUGCCCAUUCCAUGGCAAGUGUCCUAAGCAGGAAGUGCCUUUUGCGUUCCAAUUUUUUUCUGGGCGUUUAUUACGUAUGUCUGGUUCUUGAAAUUCCAAGUUGAUUUAAAAGUUCUUAAUAAAGUGCUAGGUUCUA